AUGGAACAGGCGCUCCAAAUAAUGGUUUAUGCUCACGCCAUUGCCGGCUCCUCCAAAGCAGCUCGGUUCCUUUCGCCCGGGAACCCCCAAAAAGCGCCCCAGAUUGCCGUCUCCAUUAUGGAGACGAAACUCGAGACGUACCUGAGAUUCAACGCCACCUAUCCCGGGUUCGGCGGCUUCAUUCCCUGGAUGACUACGAGCUCGCAGAAUAUCGAGCCGACCUGGGACUGGGUCAAUCGAGUCCCAGGACUAGACAACGGCGAAUUACUUUGGGCCGUGUAUGGCUGCAUCAGCGCCCUCGAGAAAAGCUGCAAGGCUUCCCACCGUCGACUUGCCGCUGCAUGGCAAAAGUGGCUCGACUAUGCCAAAACCACGGUCGACAAGGUCUUUUACCAAGGUGACGGCCAUGUUUGUGCUGUGACAAAGAUUGGUGACCAGAAACUGCCAGUCAAUGACCCGAGGCAGUCGUACGCGUGCGAGAGCCCUGCUUACUUGGAUGAUCCGUACGAGGGAGAGCUCUUUACAUAUUUCAUAGAGUUCUUUAGCGGAUUGUCCAAAGACGAGAAAGAAAAGCUAUGGGUGGCCAAACGUGGCAAGUUGGUCAGCGUCGAAUACAACAUGGGCGGUGUUGGCCCAAUCACUGUUGAACAGGGUCAUGAGCCGUGGAAGAUUCUGGAGCUCCCAUAUUUUGACAUUGACAUUAUCCGGCGCUUGCACCAAAACGCCGAGCGAGUGCGAACCUGUAAUUCCGUAGUCACCAAAGUUCCAGGCCUAUUCGCCUCAGUCAACAAUUCGACUGACCCAACUACGGAUGAAAUUACCGGAUACAUUUCCCCAGCCGGCAUUGUUUCCGUCGCCAGCCAAAAAGAGCAGGAGCACGACGUCAUUACACCUUAUGCAGCGUGGCCCACCAUCAUCGUUGACAAGUCGGUUGGCCUUGCUUGGUGGUGGAAUAUGCUCCAGGGCAAAAAGAUGCAGAACCCAUACGGCAGCACCGAGUCAACAAGAGUUGAUGUAAAAUCACCACUGUCGUGA